AUGCUGCAUCAAGUGGGCAUGUCCUCUUUCUGUGCCUUGGGGGCAGGAUUUUGCUGUUUGGUCAGCGCCACAGGUCUCUCUAAGGGUCCUCUCUGUCUCUACAAUUCCACCUCUGGUCCCACCUGGGGGGUCCCUCUACAGCCUGUCCCAGACAGGUGAGAUCAAGUCAGCCACGCAUACAGUCUCUCCUACAACAAGACACGACACAAACAGAACCUUUUUCUGUCUGUCUGUCUGUGUCACUUUCUAUCCCUUUCCUUGUGUCUGUCUCAGCCAUGCAGGGUAUCUGUAUAACAGGACUAUGUGGUCUGGGGUUUGUCUGGAGCCCAGAGGGGUGGUCCAGUGGAAUACAGUUCUCUUUGGUGUGAUGGGGGGCACCAGCAUGUUGCAGACUGUCCUCUGUGGAACAAACAUCCUGAUCUCAGUUAUGGGCCUGAUCCUGGGGCAGGGUCUCUGCAGCAACAAGGUCUGGGUCUCACCUCCACCUGGCACUCAAAAACAUCACAGACGUUCAGAUUAACAUGAAACAUUAAAUCUAAAAUAUUUGACAUUGAAAAUUGAACCAGAUACAACAUUGACCAAGCUUUAUGAAGGACUUUUGCUACACUCCUGCUGCGGAAGACCCGCAAAUGCAUGCAGUAAUUUGUAUCUUUGGAGACUUGUCUGUAAGCCUCUAGCUCCGUACAAGCAUGGGGUGCAAGCACCAAUGAUACUGGCUACUACUACCAUUUUAAGCAUGACUGGGCCUUUAAAGUAAGCUACAUCCAUUGAUUCAGCUUUGACACUUGGGUUAAGUUAGAAAGAUAUUCACAGACUUGGACUUCUGGGUCAAUAACCCAUCAAUGAAACCACAUAGUUACAAACCUGACCCCUCUUUUUUAACCACUGUCAUGAAGAUUGAGCAACAAUCUUGUUUUCCUCAGAACGAGCUGUCCUUCAAGCCAGACAACUUAAAUUGGUCUCAAUACGCUGGCAUUGUUGGCUUGAUGAUGUAGGGGCCGUUGGCAAAUUACCAUAGUGAAGGAAUACUGUAAGAGAAAAUUUUUAUUAACUUACCAUGAAAAGAUGCUACUGACAAAAUGAUCAUAAAAUGUAAAUGUUGCUCUCCUCUACUUUAUACUUCAGCUCUAGCUUUAGAGAAAUAAGUUUUAAUUUUAUUUAUGUUAUUUUUUUACAUUCAACACUGUUAAUUAGUAAGUAAUUACUUUAAAAACUAAAAUAAUUAUACUGUUGUUAACACACUAUUCAAACUCAUUUAAAGUCUAGGAGUGCAAUAGCGCAAGUAUCAGGUAGUAUUUACAACAUAGAUAUAUGUAUGCAUACCUAGACAUGUAUCCAUACAUAUACAGUACAGGCCAAAAGUUUGGAAGCAAGAUCAGAUUUGUACAAAAAAAGAUCAUAGUUUCAUAUAUAUAAUUUGCAACACAAUAAACAUGACUUUUGUGUAAAAAGUAACUUAUCAGAAGACAUUUGACUAUGAUUAUUAUUUGAGUUAUUGUUGCUUAGACUUUGCUUUCUUUAAAGUAACCUCCUCUGGCUUGAACAACAGCUUGGCAUAUACCAGGCAUUCGUUCCCCAAGUUUUUUAAGGUAUGUUCCAGGGAUUGCAUUCCAAGCUUUCUUAAGUUCAUCAAAAAGAGACUGCUGAUUUGUGGGACGCGUUUUUCUGACAGAUCGAUCCAAUUCAUCCUGCACAAGCUCUACUGGAGUAAGGUCUGGAGACUGAGGGGGCCAAACCAUCUUUUGAAGAACACCUUCCUCUUCUUUUUUGUCUAGGUAACCCUGACAGAGCUUGGCAGAGUGCUUAGGGUCAUUGUCUUGCUGCAAAACAAACUUGUGAGCCACAAGUCUGAGUCCAGAUGGAACAGCAUGUUGUUGGAGGAUGGAGUGGUACUAUUCCUUCUUUAUGAUACCCUUUACUUCAAACAAAUCUCCUACUCCAUCACCUGCAAAACAUCCCCAUACCAUGGAACUACCACCUCCAUGCUGAAUUGUGGGUGUAAUACAUGGUGCUUUCAGACGUUCACCAGUUUGUCUGCGGACAUAGACUCUGCGUUUUGAACCACAGUGCAAACUUGUUUCUAGUCAUCAUAAGCCAAUUUUUGAGCUUUUGCCCACUCAUAUCUCUUUUUCUUGUUCUGUGGAUGAAGUAGUGUUUUUUUGCAGAUACACAACCCUUCAGACCAGCCUUUCUCAAACAUCAUUUCACAGUUUUAAGAGAUAUGGGUUUCGACCGUGUUGUGUUGAUUUCCUCCCUUAUUUGUGGUGCCGUCUUUCGCCGAUCUCUCUUACUGGUGACAAUGCUAUGUUUAUCCCCUGCUUUAGUAGUAACUCUCUUUCAUCCAGGCCUUUUUCUAUCAUCAUAACUUUCAGGUUCCUCUAGUCUUUUCAGAGUGUAGUGGACUCCUUUGUUAGACACCUUUAGGUGUUUUGCAAUUUCUCUUUCUGUGUAUCCUUCUUUCCUCAAUGUACAAAUCAGUACUUUUUUUUAAACAUAUCUUUAUUUUUUUUUGUGUUCAAACAACAGCAACCACAUUAAACAUAUGGCAGUAAUGAAAGUAAUAAUGAGAAAAAUUUAAAAAAAAAAAUACAAAUACAAAAGGGGUAAAAAAAGAAUAUCAAGUUAACAAAAUAAAAAGGAAUAAAUUACAUCAACAAAGUAGUGAAAUAAAAAAAAAAGUAUACUCUUGUCAGCACCAUAAAUGUUAUUUAUUUCCCAUUGCCACCUCCGUAUCUCCAACUUUCAACAUUUCUAGAAACAUCUUCCAAAUGACAUAAAAUUCAGAAGGCUUCCCUCUGACAAUAUAGGUCAGCUUCUCAAGAGCCAAACACGACAUUAAGUUAUUCAGCCAUUGGUUAAAAGAGGGGCAGCUAACAUUCUUCCAACAUAACGCAAUACAACGUUUGGCCUGCAGUAAACAAAGGUCAACCAAUUUCCUUUCUUUGUGAGAUAAAGGACAGUCCUCCGGAUAAAUGCCUAAAAUGCAUAGCUUAGGACAUAGAGGUACCGGGGAAGUUGUGAUUUGAGAGAUAUAUUUUAACACAGAGCUCCAAAAUUUUUGGAUUUCUUUACAUUUCCAUAAACAGUGAAACAAUGUACCCUGGUGGUUGUUACAUUUAUAACAUAGAUCAGGUACAUUAGAAUCAAAUUUAUUUAAUUGUACAGGGGAAAUAUAUGUUCGCAUUAUCCAAUUAAAUUGUAUCAUUCUCAAUCGAGUGUUGAUGGUUAGAGUAUGUGUUUUUACUCCAUUCACUGAGUGAAAUGUCCUCUUCUAAGUCAUAUAUCCACUCCCAUCUCUUACUGUCCGAGUUUUCCUUAUGGUUUUCAACCAGCAUAUUAUAAAACCGGGAAACCAAUCUUUUCCCAAAACAGUCUUUUAUGACAUGUGUUUCUAAGGUGGAUAAUGGAGGUUGUUGUACUGAAUUGUUUAAGUGAGACAAAAUAAAACUUCGAAGUUGUAAAUACUUAAAGAAAUGUUUUUGCGGUAUAUCAAACUUUGCCUUUAACUCACUGAAUGACAUUAGAGUAUAAUCCUCAUAUACAUCCUGCACUUUUAUUAUACCCUUUUUCAGCCAUGUUUUAAAGCCCAUGUCGUUCUUUGCCGGGGCAAAGUGAUCAUUACCCCAGAUCGGGGCAAAACAGGACAACUUUGGAGAGUCACACAAUAAUUUUUGUACAACAUGCCAAACAACAAUGGUGUUUUUUACAAAAGGAUUAGUAGUAACUUUCUUUAAUGUUUUAAAGGAUGCUGAGUAUAAAUAGCUGUUCAAUGGUAAACCUUUUGAGGAUUGUUUUUCAAUUUCUAACCAGGGCAUGACAACAUCUUUAGAAAACCAGAACAUUGUGGCCCUCAACUGUGCAGCCCAAUAAUACCAUUCUAGAUUAGGCAGUUGUAGCCCCCCCCUAUCGUAAGGUAGAUGUAAGACGGAGAGUCUGAGUCUUGGCUUCCUAUUGUUCCAAAUGAAAUUGGAAAGAAGCUUUUUGGUCUUGGGAAAAAAGGAAGGAGGAGGGGCUAGUGGAAUUGAUUGAAAAAUAAAUAGAAAUUUAGGUAACAUAGUCAUUUUUAUUAAGUUUAUUCUUUAUUCAAAAUAGAGAGAGGUAGCGCUGUCCAUCUCGUGAUUUCUUCUGACACGCUAAGUAAUAAAGGUUCAUAAUUGGCUGAGCUGAGAUUAUUAAUCUUUGGGGUUAUUUUGACGCCCAAGUACUUAAAUCCCUCAGUGGCAUUCAUAAAUGGAUGUGAUAGUAAAGGUUUCUUCCUUUCGUUUUCAUUUAGAAACAUUAUAGAUGACUUUUCUUUGUUCACAUUAAACCCAGAUAUACUUCCAAAUUGAUUAAACAGCUCCAAGAGAGAUGGUAUCGAUUCUGCCAGUUGUGAUAAGAAUACAAUAGUAUCAUCAGCGUACAUCGCUGCAUUGUGUUCUAAAUCUCCGGUCUUAAUACCAUGAAUUAAGGGAUGAGAUCUGAUCGCUAUUGCUAAUGGUUCCAUGGCUAUUACAAAAAGAAGAGGUGAAAUUGGUGACCCUUGCCUAGUGCCCCGAAAUAACUCAAAAGGCUUUGAGGUGAGAUUAUUUGUAGAUACCACUGCAGAGGAAUCAACAAAUAAAAUUUCAACCCAUCGACGAAAGUGAUCCCCAAAUCCAAAUCGUCUAAGCACCUCGAGUAGAUAGGGCUAUUCGACUCGGUCGAACGCUUUUUCGGCGCCAAGUGAUAAAAUUGCAGUGUCAGGGGAUUCUUCACAUUCAUGAAUUAUGUUAAGAACUCUCCUCACAUUGUGGAACCCCUGCCGCUUUUGCACAAAGCCAUUCUGGUCCCCAUGUAUAAUGGCUGGUAGAACCCUCUCGAGUCUCAUGGCUAGAACCUUAGCUAUAAUCUUCGCAUUCGAAUUUAAAAGUGAUCUGUAAGAGCUACUUUCGGUUGGCACUUUGCCUGGUUUUAGAAUAAGAGUGAUCAGAGCACUACGUAAUGAAACGGGGAGGCAACCUGUUUUAAAGGACUCCAAAUAAACAUCCAAUAAUGGGGCAAUUAAUUUUGUUUUAAACAAUUUGUAAAUAUCUAUUGGAAGCCCAUCUGGACCUGAAGCUUUACCUCCUCUUAUGUUUGUAAUGGCGUUGGAGAUGUCAUUUAAAUUUAAUUCUCUCUCCAGUUCAGUUUUUGUACCUUCAGAGAUACAGGGAAUGACCAAACCAUCUAGGAAAUUACUUUGGUUUACCAGGUCUGGAGGGCUUUCAGAAUUAUAAAGGGUUUUAUAAUAUGAGGCAAAGGUGUUAUUAAUUUCUGUGGGAUCUGUAGAUAGGUCUACUUGUUUGUUCCUAAUUAUAUUGAUUGAUCUGUCGGAUUCAAGUUUCUUAAUCUGCCAAGCUAGCAGUUUACCCGGCUUCUCACCCUGAUCAUAAAAGGAUUGUUUCAGUCUUAUUAUACCAUCUUCAGCCUUAAGCAAGGAGAGCUCCUCAUAUUUUACUUUAAGGGUCAGUAGUUCCUGUUUUUUUUGUGUCGAAUCAUCUAUGCUAACCUCUCUCUCUAAUUCUCUAAUUUUAGAGUCCAAUUCAAUCAUAGUUUGUUUGAAUUUGUUGAAUUUAGAACUGGUGUAACUUAUCAUUUGCCCUCUAUAUGCUUUAAAAGCUUCCCAUCUAAUUGCUGCAGUUGUUUGAUUUGUGUUUAUAGAGAAGUAGAGAUCAAUAUGUUCUCCUACAAAUUUUAUAAAUCCAGAAUUCUGCAGCUAUUUGGGAUGUAAUCGCCAAUUGGUCGAAUGUCUAUACCCUUGAUCGAUGUUGUAAAAGAGAGAGGUAGGGGCAUGGUCAGAUAAAACAAUACAAUCAUAUACACAAUUAGUUAUACUGGGUAGCAGAGAUGAGGAAAUUAAAAAAGAAUCUAUUUGGGAGUGGGUUUUAAAUACAGCAGAAUAGCAAGUAUUCCCUUUUGUUGGGGUUUUGAGCUCUCCAAGGAUCACAUAGGUUCAGAUCUUUCAUAUAUUGCUGAAUUUUCUUUCUUGUUUGGGAAUGGGAUGUAUCUAUCCCUGCUGAGCGAUCUAGUUUCGGGUCUAAAGCACAGUUUAAGUCACCUGCCAAUAUUAUCUUACCAGGGAGGGUGGCCAGCAAUAAAAUAAGUUUUCAAAAAAUGAUGGGUUAUCAUAAUUGGGGCCAUAUAUAUUAACCAAAUUAAUGGUUUCUCUCAGGAGAGUUCCCUGAACCACCAAAAAUCUACCAUUUUUGUCACAAAUAGUGUUAUUUAUUUGAAGAGGCACCAAGUUAUGAAUUAACACCAUCACCCCUCUUGAAUGAGAAGGGAAACAGGAUGCUAGUACUUUGCCUGGCCAUCUCCUACGUAUUUUAACCAAGUCUUUGAGUAAAUGAGUCUCCUGAAUAAACACUAUUGAUGACUUAAGUUGUUUCACCCUGGUAAUCACCUGUUUUAAUUUAGUCAACUUUACCAUCCGUCUAACAUUCCAUGAAGUAAAUUUGAAAUUCUUGUUUGAGGUCAUCUAAUUUCAAUACUGUUUGAUAUUUUGGGAGUGUACAAGGGAAAAAAAAAAAAAAAAAAAAAAACACACACUUGCUCUGCCAUGAACAAAAACCCUUAGCUGUCAACCUGAACAAGACAGCCCCACGUCUUUUCCCAUCCUCCCCCUGACCUCGGGGUGCAGUUAAGUGCACACACUGAUCCAGUGUAAACAACGGAGCAGUUAAACCAAACCAUGCAAUCAUUAUAACAGACCUACCAAAACUUGCAGGACAAUUGUGUCUCCUGGCAAAAAAUAAAAAUAAAAAAAAUAAAAUGAAUCUACACAAACAAGUAUAUACGAUAUGUUCAUAACAGUUUUUCUUGCAGCUUCACCCACAUUUAGGAAAGCUGACAGUUUACUGAAUAACCACUUUAAAUGUGAAAACAAAAGGAAUGAAAGCCCACUUCAGUAAAAAAAAAAAAAGGGCGCGUGGCAGUCUCUGUACAUAAAACGUACAUGAAAAGCCCAUCUACAUCUGCUGAGAUUGACGAAAUAUUACAAAUAUGUUAACAAAACAGAAAAGUCUCUGCAGAAGAAAAAGAGAAAAAAAUCUUUCACAUGUGGGUAACUGGCCCAUAAUCUAUCAAUAUCAAACUAUAGCUGUUAUAGGUGGAUAGUAAUGAGUCCAACCGUUCUGUCAUGGGCUACUUCCAAGCAGUAUAAACACUCCCCAAUAAACUCUCAGACGCAGUUGAUUCACCUCUUCAAGUUUACUGAGGAAUCUUUUGAAACUGAAAUGAUACAGUAACAUAAAACAAUGAGUUACAGCUUACACACAAACAAGCAGUAGAGCUAAGCUACAUUAGCUUUAGCCGUUAUAAUCACAAACGAGCUAGAAUGCUGCUAGCAACGAAAAACAUGAAGCUAACUUCGUGUAGCAUUAGCGAUUAGCGCCAUAGCCGUUUUAACAACUUAAUCACACUUAAACAACCUUCAUCUUAAUACAACAAUACAACAACAUAUGAACACUUACAGAUAGUGAUGUGUCCUUCAGUGCCGAGGCUUCGAAGCGUGUGUCGAGUAAUGAAGGGGGCGUUUCCGAGAAGCGCGUAUCGAGGCUUGCUUCAUGUAGGGGUGGAGCCAAAAAUGAUGACGUCCGAAGCCUCGCUACCCGGCUAUACCACGUGACUGAUUCAAGAAACGGUUCACGGGUUUGGCGGAUGAUUUAACAGACAGCGAAACGCAAUGGAGUCCUGCCCCACUCACAAUCCAUAGACUCGAGACUUGUUGAAAAGUUGUUUUUAAAUAGAAAUAAAUAAAUAUAAAUGAAAUGUUUAUGUUUUAUCUGUUGUCCCCGUAACAAAAGUACGAACAACAAACUAAGUAACACAUUCACAUUACAACCCUCUCGAUAAUUUAUGUCCUCUUCCCCUUUUUGACACUGCAACUGUGUCUUAAAGACAAACACCAUAUUAAUAACUUUAUCAUUUCUGUAUUGUAUCACAAACACACGGCAUCACAUCCAUUCAUUCAUUGGAUUCAAAGCUUCGCGCACCAAAGCCUCGGGGUGUCUUUGGUUUAUCACUCUGCCUGUUUUACAUUUAUUGUCCACUUGAUGGCGCAAUAGAGUAAAUGAAGCACGAUCAUGAAGCUUCGGCCCAGGAGGCGAGUAAUUGGAUGGAAAGCUUCAAUGCUUCAUGAGGCUUCAUCUCGCCAUCACUACUUACAGACGUUGCAUGGACUAGAGGGAUGAAAACGGAGGAAAGGAGAGGAGCUUAGAACUGAACAACUGACGGACCUCGCGAAUCUGCCCUCAAUAACUUCCGGUUUCUCGGUGACUCGCCGGCUACGUGUUGCCAUGGCAACGUGAUGUAAACAACUCACACUAGAGCGCAAAAACACUUCAGUAAGACGCAUUCAAGCAGCACAACACACAUUCAAGCAACAUUACACGUUCAUUUAAUUAACCUGUCAGUCUUCAGUGUUCUGUAACCCCUGAACGAACUUUUCAGCUUCAGCUGGGGAUUCAAACUCACGUGUUUGUCCAUCAGACGACACUCGUAGCUUGGCUGGGUAGAUUAUUCUGUAACGAAUGUUCAUCAAUCUCAGCCGUUGUUUUACCCGGUGGAAACCCCUCCUGCGCCGGUGGAGCUCCGUCGAGAUAUCGGGGAAGAACAUGACCUCUUGGCCGGCAUAGAUAACUUUGCCUUUGGCCCUGGAAGCUCGCAUCACUCGGACUUUAUCCUGGAAGUUUAAAAACUUCACGAUGAUGACUCUCGGUGUGGUUGAACGGUUCGGUUGCAUCCGGCCGGGUAACCUGUGAGCUCUUUCAAUGAGAGGUGGACUCGGGAAUGUUGCUGGUCCCAGCACUUCGGGGAGCCACUUCUCCAGGAAAGCAACCAUGUCAUUUCCUUCCACCUUCUCUAGCACGUUAACUAUCCGUAGGUUGGAGCGACGAGAGCGGUUUUCGAGGUCGUCAAGUUUGUUCGUUAGGAGAGUCACUUGUUUGGCUAGCGCGUCUGCCCUGCCUUUCUCUGAGUUAACUGUGUCUUCUACAGUGCUAAUGCGCACUUCUGCUUCAUCCAUGCGCGCCGAGAAGUCCUGCACGUCUCUUUUAACAUCUUGAAUGGCUUUCAGCACCACAUCGAACUUAGUGGAAAAGUCAUUUCUGAUCUGGUCGAGUAACUGAAUGACGUCCAUGUUUUGAGCUGAUCUGGAGUCCACGUCGUCCUCACAAGGCAGUGGCAAGACGCUAGCAUCACACUCUGAGUUAGCUAGGCUAUUAGCAUCUAAGACGUCGUCUUCUUCACACUGAGAAAAGUUUGAUUUAGAUUUGAUUUUCUUUGGCAUUGUCGUGGGUAUGCAGAGUUAAGUCGCCGCGAGUUUAAGUUGCACUGUUUGUGCAGUAAAAGGAGAGUUUACAGGAUUUUACUGAAAAAUCGCCAGGAGCUCACAAAAACGCAGGUGUUCAGUUCAGUGCCAUAACCACGCCCUAAUGACAAAUCAGUAUUUUUGUUUCUUUACUCAGUUGCUUCUUUCUAGCCAUUUUUGCGGUAGUUUGAACUCAGUUGAGAUUUAUUAGGAUUUUUGUAUGCAGACUCUCAAAAGCCAAAAGUUGAAGUGAAUAAUCCAACAGCGAUUUUUUUUUUUUUGCUUUUGCACUGAAGUUGUGACUGUUCCAAAUGUUUUUAACCCUAAAACUAAGCCCUUAUUAUCUUUUGCUGACAUAUAUUUAGUAAUGGUCUAUUAACAUCAAUGUAUAUCUGAAGGUAAAUGGAGUAAAAUGGUGCAUUUCCAUGAAAGCAACAUCUGAUCAUGGAGUAAAUACAUCCCAAAAUACAUAAAACUCAUGCUGGGUUUAAAAAAAAAAGCAUUGUGAACAAAAACUUAAAGUUACUCCCAACUGUUCGGCCUGUAAUGGCCUUGCUUCCAAACUUUUGUAAUAUAUAUAUAUAUAUAUAUAUACACUCCUUAGCACUGUUGGACCUUAAGACGGUUCUUAGUAGAGCUUCAAACUGCAAAAAGAAGAAAUGGGAACAAGAGACCAAAAGUUUUGAGUAGGCAAUUUAUUGAAAACAACAAUUUAACUGAAAUAGGCUGUUCAUUAGCUGAUCAAAAGUUUAAAGACCACAGCUCAAAAAAACCUAAACACCUCCAAAAACAGAAAUUAAAGUGUCAAAAAAUGACUCAGUAAUGAGUCGCUCCACCAUUAUUGUUGAUUACUUCAAAAAUUCGUUUUGGCAUGCUUGAUACAAUUGUUUCCAAAAGGUUAGAGGGAAUGUUGCUCCAAGUGGUGAAGAUGGCUUCACGAAGGGCAUCCACUGUCUGGAACUGAUGUCCAUUUUUCUAAAUGUCCCUUUCUUCCACCUUUGAAUGUCCCAUGUUUGGUGCUUCCUUGCAAAGCCCAAACAGGCAAUUUUGUGACGUUGAAGGAGACGUGGCCUUUGAAGACGUUUUUUGUUUUUGAAGCCCUUCAAGAGUUCAAGAGAGUGACUGUUCUAUGAAAGAAAUUGUCUCUCAGCCUGCUGGUCCUGACCCGAAGGCUCCUGUAGCAGCGGCCAGAGGGCAGGAGGCUGAAGAGUCUGAGAGCAGGAUGAGAGGAGUCCUUCACAAUGUUCAGAUCCCUACGCAGAGAGCGCUUGCACAGUACAGUUCCAAUACCAGGUUGUAAAAUCCACCAUCUAUCCAAGUGGACCCCUCUCUGUGGGCUGUUUCAUUGUUGUUGUGGAUGAGGCCUAUCGGUGUGGUGUCGUGUGCAAAUUUGAUGAUGGAAUUAGUGAGGGACACUGGUCUGCAGUCGUGAGUGAAGAGAGAGUAGAGAAAGGGGCUUAAAACACAACCCUGUGGGACUCCGGUGUUGAUUUGAAGAGUGUUGGAACUAUGGUUGUUUAAAUGAACGUGCUGUGGUCUGUCUGUUAGAAAGUCCAUGAUCCAGUUACACAGAGAUGGAUUGAUGCAGAAGUCAGGGAGUUUGUUGAUCAGCCUCGAUGAAAUGACAGUGUUAAAUGCCGAGCUGAGAGAAGAGAAUCAACAAACAGCAUCCUGGCAUACGUGUUGUUAUUAUCCAGAUGUGUCAGAACAUUGUGAAGGGCCAGGGAGAUAGCGUCUUCUGUGCUCCUGUUGGUACAAUAGGCAAACAGGUGGGGGUCCAGGCCUGGUGGGAUAGAGGCCUUCAAUUGUGCCAGAAUGAGCUGUUCGAAGCACUUCAUCACAAGUGGUGUGAGUGCUAUGGGGCGAUAGUCAUUGAGUGUACUUGGGCUGUGAUGUUUUGGCACUGGCACAAUUGAUGUUGUUUUUAGCCAUUUGGGCACAGUAGCUUGAGCAAGAGACAGAUUGAAAAUAUCUGUAAAAACUGGUGCAAGCUGCACAACACAUGCUUUAAGCACUUGUCCUGGGAUGCCGUCUGGACCGGCAGCUCUAUGAGCAUUGGUACGGCUCAACAUGGAGUGGACCUCAGCCAGUGAAAAUAAGUGAGUGAUGGUCAGGGGGGAGAGUCAGUUUAGUGGCAGAAUCUCCAUUAUCUCUUUCGAACCGAGCAUAGAACUCAUUAAGCUUGUUCAGAAAGAAAGCGUCUGUAACAAUGGGACUAUAGUUUUUGGCUUUAUAGUCACUGACGUACUGUAUACCCUACCACAUACGCCAAGGGUCAGAGUUUGUAAGAUUCUCCUUGACUCCUUGCACUGUUACAACGCUUAGCAGUGUUGAUGCCCCUCCUCAGGUUGGCCCUGGAUGUGCAUCCCCUGACACAAAGGCCCUGUUACGUGUCUUUAGUAGUAGACGUACCUCCUUGUUCAUCCACGGCUUCUAGUUUGGGUACGUGGUGAUGUGCUUUUCAGAUGUAACAUUAUUUACAGUAUUGUUAACAUACUUCAUAACAGCAACACUGUAUGUGUCCAGAUCAGUGUUGGUACCUCCAGAGCCAGGAGAGGCAAACACACUCCAGUCAGUAUGAUGAAAUUUGUCCUGAAGUGUAGAAUCUGCACUCUCUGGCCACACUUUGAUGGUCUUAGUUGAAGGCCUCUCACGAUUUAUAAGGGGAGAGUAUCUGGGGGUGAGAAACAGUGAUAAAUGGUCUGACUGACCCAGAUGGGGAAGGGACGCUGCAGAGUAAGCUCCAGCAACAUUUGUACAUGAUCCAGUGUUUUGUUUCCCCUUGUGUGACAGGAAACGUGUUGGUGGGAUUUUGGGAUCACAGUUUUUAAAUUAGUAUGGUUAAAGUCACUGUAGCGAUUUGAAUUUAUAAUAAAUGUCUGAAGAUUAAUAAUCUCAAAUUAUGACAUUUAUGCACUCGUUGAAAGGGGCACCACCCACCCUUAAUGGUGGGAAAAUAAAGAAAACUAAAGUUUAAUUCAGAAAUCAAACAUCAAGUCAAUCAUUAAUUAAUCAAUCUCAUAUCUUGAGCCGAAAUUCUCAUUUCAGGGACUCCACUUCUGGAAGAACACUAACAGACAAGAACUUAGAAAAAUAAUGAUCUGUUUAUUACAGGAUAAAUGAUGGUACAACAUACAUGCAAUAAAUGAUGAUAAGAUAAUGAGGAUAAAUAAUAAUAGGUGAAUAAAUAAAGAUUCUGAGUCAGGCUAGGAGCACUAAAGUUAAUGAUAGUGAUUGAAUAUGCGCUAACAUAUUAACCUACACUAACCUUGGUGUCGAGAUAAACUCGGAUGUGGAUUUGGAGGAAUCUAAGAUUACCAGAAUAAGUGGAUAUCUGAGUUAUGAACGCAUGAGACAGCACCAGCCCUGCUUGGAGCUCUGGAGGUUUGCAUACUUAAGUGAGACCGGUCCUUGGAGAAGAUGGAGCAUGUUCCGAAGGUCCAGGGCUACCGGCGGUUCAAGCGGUUCAGCUCAGAAGAUGACUGAAGUCAGCCGAAGGAUGGGCCAGGAGUUGUAGCACUCGGGCCCGAAGCAAAGCCGGCGCCUGUGGAUCCUGUGGAUGCUCGUUUGGACGCUUCUUUGGUCUCACUCAAAAACUCUGGCACAGAGGAUGACCUGGGCCUGCUGGGUUGCGUUCAGAGGUGACUUUGAAAUCAUGCAGAUAACUCAGAAAAACGAGGGUCAAUGACCAGAGAAAACUUUCAAAAAUGGCUUUGCAAAAUUAAAGAAAAAUCAAUCAAAGGCUUAAUCUUGAAUUGCUAUGCGCACAAAAAGUUGAAGUUUCAAAACUUGAACUAAGACGAUGUUAAAGAAAAUCAACGUGAAUCAACACGUGGCGUAAAACUUAGAAGACUAAGAAAAAGUUCUAAGAGAAAACAAAGAAGAGGACCACAGAAGGGUGUGGACAGAAGAGCGAAAAGGGGAGAAGACGAGGAGAAGAAGCAAGGGUACAAGAGAGUGAGCAACCCCACUCCACUGGUUUUCUCUUCUCACACUGGGAGUGUCUCUGGCGUGUGUGUGAGGAGAAAGAGGAGGGGGUCGUCGGGUCUCCAUCUGCAGACGAGACCUCUUGGAUCUCUAAUCAUUUGAUCUAACUUAUACUUUUGGCUGGUAAAAGAGUCAGAUCUGAUACUCACUCACUAUGAUUAAUAUAAUUGAAUACUUGGUUUCAUGAUAAAUGAUUUGAUACUAAACACAUAUGAAUGAAAUGCAGGAUCACAUCAAACAUUCUCAUUACGUUUAAAGUAUCACAUUGACCAUGCUAAAUUACUCUGAAAUGAAACAGAUAGUAACACAUAAGACUGUGAACAACAAAAGAGUAAACACAUGUGAAUGAACGUCAUCAUGAUUAAUAAUGGAUUCUAAAUACUUACAUUCAGAUUAUUCAAUGACAUUAUAACCACCUAAUGGUUAAAAAUACUAAAUAAACAACUAAAAUAUAAACCAAACAUUUCUAAACCAUUUCUGUUACUUAGUGUAAAGUUAUGAUUCAUAGUCAAUAAAUUUAACUCUUAAAAGUUCAUGAAACAGUCUGAAAAGCUGUUGGUCUAAAGAAACUUAAGAAUAAGAAUUUAUUCUGUCAGAGUGAUAACUUGGCUUCUGGAGCACAUAGAAAAAUGGGAAACAUCUCAUUUUAACACAAAUUUCAUGAUUAGACAGAUUAGUGCAUUGCUGAAUGCAUAAGAUGUCAUGAUCAGUCAUUUGUAUUCUUUCACCAAAGGAAUGUAGUCUUUAUCAGUGUAUGGUCGAGCAGGGUUUUACGACCGAGGUCUGGAGGUCAGUGUCCCCCCCUUAUCUUGGGGUCCGUAUGUUCACACACUUUAAGACGGUAAAUCUCAAAUGGGAGAUCUGGGUUGAGGCGUUAAUGUUUAUUUAGAUGGUCAGCGAUGGAGUCAGUUUGAAAGGUAAUAAAAACUCUGUCUCUGUUCUCCGAAUUGACCAAUCGUGAAGAGCCAGAGGUUUAGGUCAACCUCCGAUCGGGUCACUUAGGUAACCUGAAAGUGCAAACAAGUCUGGAAAGAUUUAUAUCCUGUGUCCUGGGACCAGACAAGGAAACUUUCCUGUGAGGAAUGUGUGAGUUUCACACCCAGGGUUGUCUUGAUUGCUACAUCACCAACAACUAUGAAAGCUAAAAUAAAAGUAGCGGUGAACUCCUGUGGCAAAUAAAAUGGUCUGCAUUUAACUACAAGAUAUUCCAGAUCGGGUGUGCACUGUCUCUCCAUGGUAGCAGAGUCUGUACACCAAGCUUUGCUAACGUAAAUGCACGGCCCACCGCCUCUGGUUUUACCGAGUCAGCUGUAAUCCGAUCUGCCGGGUGUAAGUUGCAACCAGCUAGCGCAAUAGCAGUAUCCAGGAUAGCAUCAUGAAGCCAUGGUACAGUGAAAAUCAUGGCGUUACACUCUUAAAGUCUCUUACUGUGAGUGAUGUCAUAUCUCAUCCAAUUGUUCACCAAUUAAUGUACAUUGGCCAGGAGUAUGCUGGGUAAGGAGAGCCAAUGUGGAGUUAGCCAUAGCUUAGCCCUCAGUUCACCCUGCUCGCUCCAUCUUUGUUAGGGUCAGCGUGCACUUCCACCCGGCCAAGUAGCAAGCGUAGCCUCAGGUGUUCCGGAGACUUCAGGGAUGAGUUGAAGGUCCGGGUUGAAGCCAUGGGGGAUGUGUAAACUAAUAUCCAGAAGCUCCUGUUGGUUGUAAGAUGUUAGAGCGGAGGUAUUCCAUGUAAACAACCCCGAAAUGAGCAAGAAUAGUUGCAAAAUUGCAAAACUAGAGAGACACUGGGCCUUGCAAUGCGCUCGCGCCACCAUCUUAAAUAUAUAAUGUUAACUACAUCAAACUCACCCUGAUGAUCAAACAUCAUCCAUAGUUUAAACUACAGCUCUGACUUGAGAGGAAUAGGAUUUUAAUUAAUGUGAUUUUUUUGUAUCAUAUAUCUCCUCUCUCUUUGCUGCAGGACAGAAAGAUUCAGAAGAUCUUUUGUACCAACAGCUAUCAGACUGUUUAAGUCUUGUGUAAAUAGUAGAUAAUUUUUAGAGAUGUAUUAUGCAAGACAACAGACAACUGAAUUUCCCUUCGGGGAUAAAUAAAGUUCUUAUUCUUUUUCUUAUUUUCUACAGUAAGAAAUGCAGGGUAUGCUAAAAUAAAAAAAUAUAUAUAUAUGAGAAAAUUACAGAAAUUUAAUUAAUUCAUUAUUUCUCUAAAGCCACGAUGUGUGUGUGUGUGUGUGUGUGUGUGUGUGUGUGUUCACAGGUCAGUCCAGUUUCAGCCUAAGGGAAGGUCAUUGAACAGAGACUCCAGCAGUGCUAUUAUUCUGGCGGGCUCCUGAUGCACUGAGAGAAAAAGGGCUUUACAUCAAAUGUUUUGAUUAAAUUAGUUUAAUGAUCAGUUAUAUUUUGAUUAUUCUGCUGUCCAAGUUCUCCAUAUCAACAGUUUCUAAGUUUGGAUAUUUAUGAGCUUUUAUUUUAGUUAUUUCUGUUCAUUUCUAAUUUUUAUUUAUUUUCCAGAGACAUUAAAGUAAAUUAUUGACAUAAAUGAGCAUUGGUCUUUUAUGAACAGUAU